AGGGGGGCUGGAUGGGGCGGAGCCUGCCGCGGCAAUUAAGGCUGAACUUUGAGUGAACUAAUUUGAUCGCCCCCCGGACCAAGGUAAAGUGGGCAGCGACCUGGGUAUGGGGUAUAAAAGGGGGGCCUGCGGCGGGGCUUGGCCCUUGUGCUGGCUAGCUAAGGGGAAAGGUAGGUGCCUGCCGCCGCCUCGCCACCAGCCAGCAUGGGCUUCUCCGCGUUUCUGGCUAGCGCCGUGUGCACCUUCGUGCUGCCGCUGCUGCUCUUCCUGGCCACCGUGAAGCUCUGGGACCUGUACUGUGUCCGGGGCCGCGAUCCUAGCUGCCCCUUGCCUCUGCCCCCUGGCACCAUGGGGCUGCCCUUCUUCGGGGAGACUCUGCAGUUGGUGUUGCAGCGGCGGAAAUUCCUGCAGAUGAAGCGGCGCAAGUACGGCUACAUCUACAAGACGCACCUCUUCGGGAGGCCCACGGUGCGCGUGAUGGGAGUGGAGAACGUGCGGCACAUCCUGCUGGGCGAGCAUCGGCUGGUGGCCGUGCAGUGGCCGGCCUCGGUGCGCACCAUCCUGGGCUCGGGCUGCCUCUCCAACCUCCACGACGCGCAGCACAAACACCGCAAGAAGGUAAUCAUGCAAGCUUUCUCCCGAGAAGCUCUGGAACAUUAUAUCCCGGUCAUCCAGGAAGAGGUGAGCGCUUGCCUGAAGCAGUGGCUGAUCAGCAGCGGAGGCGGCUCCUGCCUGUUGGUUUACCCCGAAGUAAAGCGGCUUAUGUUCCGAAUCGCUAUGCGCAUCCUGCUGGGGUUUCGGCCGGGCCAGACCGGAUCGGACAGCGAGCAACAUCUGGUGGAGGCCUUUGAGGAGAUGAUCCGCAACCUCUUCUCCCUGCCCAUCGAUGUGCCUUUCAGCGGCCUCUACAAGGGCUUGAGAGCGCGGGAUGUCAUCCACGCCAAGAUCGAGGAGAAUAUCCUGGCGAAAUUGGCUGCGAAGGAGCCCACCGAUGGCUACAAGGAUGCGCUCCAGCUGCUGAUGGAGCACACGCAGAGCAAUGGCGAGCAGCUGAACAUGCAGGAACUAAAAGAAUCAGCAACUGAGCUGCUUUUUGGUGGACAUGAAACCACAGCCAGUGCUGCUACAUCCUUGAUCACUUUCCUAGGUCUUCACCAUGAUGUUUUGCAAAAUGUGAGAAAGGAAUUGCAAGAGAAGGGAUUGUUGGGCAACUUCAGCCAAGAUAAGCAUUUGGAAAUGGAGGUCUUGGAGCAACUGAAGUACACUGGCUGUGUUGUCAAAGAGACACUCCGGCUGAGCCCUCCGGUCCCAGGAGGGUUCCGAGUGGCACUCAAGACUUUUGAGCUAAAUGGAUUCCAGAUUCCUAAAGGCUGGAAUGUCAUCUACAGUAUCUGUGACACCCAUGAUGUUGCAGAGCUCUUCACCAAUAAAGAUGAAUUCAACCCUGACCGGUUCAUGGCUCCUUUCCCAGAGGAUGCCUCACGAUUUAGUUUCAUCCCUUUUGGAGGAGGCUUGAGAAGCUGUGUGGGCAAAGAGUUUGCCAAAAUCCUCCUCAAGAUCUUUGCUGUCGAGCUGGCUCAGAAUUGCGACUGGCAGCUUUUAAAUGGACCUCCAACCAUGAAGACUGGACCCAUCAUGUAUCCAGUGGACAAUCUGCCUACAAAGUUCACAAGUUUCAAUGGGCAGGUUUAAUAAAUGCCAGGCUAGUGUCUUGGUAUUCUUAACUUAAGUCCUGGUCCAUUUAAAGUAUGUACAAUGGCUUUUUAUAGUGCUCUAAAUUCAAUAUUAUAUAUUUAACUUUAUGAAUGUGUAAUAGUUAUUUAUACCUUUUUAAGGAUAUUUUUAAAAGCUAUUUCAUAUAGUUUUCUUCAAGCAAGCACUGGGCUGGUCCAGAUGUGACAGAGACUCAUGAUUAAGCCUGGUUUCGUGCCACGUCCUGAGCUCCGGAGUGCCUGCCCCCUCCUUCCCAUGCCCACACCAGUGUCUGUUUCUGAUAUAGGUUAGAAUAAACCAACCUCAGUGUUGUAGACAACAGGUGUCUCAGUGGUCAGGAAAAGGAGUGGCAGUGCCCAGCAAGGUGACACCUGUGCAGCAGCAAGUAGCACCUGAGCUGACUACCUUGCACUGUAUCAUGGAGGGGCCACCCCUGUUCAGCUGUGACAUAUUGACUGAUCUCUCUCAAUUGUAACCCCCUUGCUUAAAACAAACGGUCACCUUCAAACCUUGGAUACAGCCUGCACCCAUGUUCCCGCUAAGGUGUGCACAUGCUCACGAGUUUUGUUGUCCACUCAGUUAAUUGUAGAUCCCGGUUGAAUCAGGAAGACCCCAUUCUGAAUGCAUGUGUGCACACUGCCUUGGCACUGCCGGUUAGAACAAAACAAAUUCUGGAGACAGGUGAAAAAAAUUAGGGAGAUCACUGGACUGCAUUUGAUGGAAAUAAUCAAAAAAAUUAUUUCAAGCAAGUGAAGUCCAGUGGUCACCCUAAUUUUUCUCAUCUGUGUGUGGAAUGAGUUUUGCUCUAGAAGGCAGUGUGUGCAUUGCAUUCAGAAUGGCGCUUUCCUAAUUCGACCUGAGAGGGAUCCACUGUUAACUGAGCGGACAUCAAAAAACAUGUGAGCAUAUGCACACCUUAGCGGGAACACGGGUGCAGGCUGUAUCCAAGGUUUGAAGGAGAGAGUUUAUUUUAUAUGAGGUUAGAAUAAAGAGAGAGAUGGGUUCAGAUGUCACAACUGAUAUUAUUUGCUUCUGGACCACAUUGGGAGCAGACAUGGGAGGCAGGGGGCAUAUGCUCCUAGGGUGCUGUGCAGAAUCUGAUUUGACCAGGGUUCCACAUCAUGUCUGAACCAGCCCACUAUAAUUAUGGGUCCUUGGGAUUCAUAAUUGGAUAAUUUUAUUUCUAUAGAAAUAAAGUUUCCUACUAUUUAAGACUCUCAAAAGCUGGUUUACUAAUUAUGCUGAAGAUGUUCAUGUGUGUACGCGCCCAGACAACCUCUCAACGUGAAAACUUAAUGCAAUGAAUUGUAUGUCUACUGUGAACCAAAAAGCCAUAGUGUGGCUUAUGUCAGAAUAAAAACUCUUGAGUAAUAGAACUUUGAUACGUGGUGUUCGCAUUUAUGGAGAAUGACAUUGUUUGAAAAAUGCAUAAGGGAGGCUUGAAGCAAAGUUCACAAUCUGAUUGUAAGCAUGCUUAAAAUUACAGGUCUCGUUGACCGCUGUGGAACUUGGUUUCAAGAAAGAUUGCUCUGGUGUUCCAUAGAAUCUCUUUAUUUUCCCUUUACCUUGGGGAUCAGAAUUACAAAAGUUGCUAUUGCCUAGCAGGAAGGGCAUUGUGGAUAUGAACUACUUGAGCACAUGCGAUCACUUAAAGUGAUGUGUAUAUAUUCUAUGUAGUCUCUCCCUCCCCCUUCAUUUAAAAUAUGUUUUAUAAUCUUUACAAAGCAUGAUGUUUUAUUUUCAGAUUAUGGAGUUAUCACAUAUCCCUUGGGUCUGGGGUGAAUGAUACAAUGGGGCAGUAAAUGACCAAUGUGAGUCAGUUCCCAUGUGUUUCCUGGCUGACAUAAUGCACAUUACUUUUCAUGCAAGUGAAAGUAUUAAAGGAAGAAACUUACAUGGGAGCAUACCUUCCAUAAGCAGAGAACCUGCAACUUAUCUAUCUUGUUCAAGAAAAACUAAUAUUUAUUUAUUUGAUUUAUGUACCGCCCUUCUAAAAAUGGGUCUGGGUGGUUGACAUCAAUAUGUAUAUGGUGCCUGGGAAAGAUAACAUAGGAAGAGCCACAUAGUUCAGAGAUCUGCUGUAGGAGUGGCCAAAUACAUUCCCUUUUGUGUUUUAUAGGAGCAUGUCAUUUCAACUAUUUUGCAUCUCCACAUCAUACAAGGAGCUGAACCGAACCCCCAAAUUAGUUUAGAAAUGCUGUACUAAAUCUAGAUAUGUUUAGAAAUGCUGUUUAGUUUAGAAAUGCUGAACUGAAUCUAGAAUCUGAACUGAAUCUUAAAUUUUAAAUUGUUUUAUUGUAAAUUGCCCAGAGACAUGAGUUUGGGGUGGUAUAGUAAUUUGUUAAAUAAAGUUACUUUGCACUGGAACCAGAAUUAAACCCCUAAACAAAGUGGCAACACUUUCAAAAUAUGCUCUGGCAUCAAGCAUUCAGAUUUCAAUUGCAUGGUUCAGGUUUUAUUUUCCUUGUUUUUAUUCUGUUGUAUAUGUUUUGUUUGUAAGCACUUUUGACACUUUCAAAAAGAAAAAUUUAAAAAUACACUUUCCCCUCAA